UACUCGUCUCCGCACAGCUCCCCACCCGCGCCCAUCUGAUCGUCCCGCCCGCUGCCCACAAUCAUCUGCACAAUGUCUCACGCGUACGAGCACCUCCUCCCUCCGAGCUGGAAACCACAAGUCACGGCGUGGCUCGCGGAGGACACACCGUCUUUCGACUACGGCGGCUACGUCGUGGGCGAAGCGCAGCGGGAAGCCUUCCUGCUCGGUAAGGGCAAACAGACGGCCAUACUCGCUGGCGUCCCAUUCUUCACGGAAGUCUUCGCGCAGGUCGGAUGCGAGGUGGAAUGGCACAUGCAGGAGGGCGAGACGUUCGAGCCCGUGAAGCAUGUCGCGACUGUAAGGGGGAAAGCCCGCCAUCUCCUCCUCGGCGAGCGUGUCGCGCUGAAUAUGCUCGCGCGAUGCAGUGGGAUCGCGACACGAUCCAAGAACGUGUUAGACAAGGCGAGGAGCUACGGCUACAAGGGGAUCAUCGCGGGGACGCGCAAGACGACCCCUGGGUUUCGCCUUGUCGAGAAGUACGGCAUGCUGGUGGGCGGGAUUGACCCGCACAGGCACGACCUGUCGAGCAUGAUCAUGCUCAAGGACAACCACAUCUGGUCAUCAGGCUCGAUCACCGCGGCCAUCCAGGCCGCGCGACGUGUGGGCGGUUUCAGCCUCUUGCUCGAGGUCGAAGUGCGCUCCGAGGCGGAGGCUGACGAGGCGAUUGACGCGGGUGCGGACAUCGUGAUGCUGGACAACAUGGAGGGCGCGGAGCUCGCGGGCGUUGCGCGUAAGCUCAGGGAGAAGUGGGCGGGCAAGCGCAAGUUCCUCUUCGAGAGCAGCGGGAACAUCACCGAUGCAAAUCUGCGCGAGCGUGCGAUCAACGAAAUCGACAUUCUCAGCACUAGCAUGGUGCAUCAGUCUGUGCAGCACAUCGACUUUAGCUUGAAGAUCCAGAUGCCAAAGUGAACCAGCCAGGUGACGUCCGCGGAAGUGCAAGCGAACAGAAGGCUAACACUUUGUAACAUAUGUAUACCACUUCUUUAUUCAAUCAGUAUCAGUGCUGUAUCGAUAGCAUAUUCACUACGCUUCUUGGACGGACGUUUAGGGAAUCUUGCCCAAGCCGAACAGUUCGAUCGCAUUUCCUCCCCGCACAGCGUUCUGUUCGGCCUCGUCCCAGCCGAACACACCAUCGAUAGCUUCCAGAUUCUCGACUACGCUCUUCCACUUCUCCGCCUCUCCUAGCGGGGGAAAGAAUGGGUGAUCGGUUCCGAAGAGCAUCCGCCGGCUACCUAGCUUCCUCUG